UUUGGAUCAAGUGGCCUCCGAAUUUGAUCGCAGCCUGGUCCGCCAUGCCAAAGAAAAAGAAGGCAUCUAAGGAAGGCAAGGCCAAGGAAGAGGAGGAAGAGGAACCCGAAGAUGAAGCAGAGGAGGAGGCUGACAAGGAAGAGGCCGACGGCAAGGCCAAGGUCGAAAGCAAAGAGGAUGCCAAAGGCACUGAGGUAGCCGAGGGCGACAAAGAUGGAGGCUAUCCCAAAGCUGAAGAGGAGCCCAGCAAGGCGCCAGCAGUGCCAGCAGUUCCACCACCCUUUAGAGUGGUUUUUAAGGCCCAUGACUCCUAUCCGCCCAUGGAGACCGCCGUGGCAGUGACCUACUGCCCGCUGUGUUCUCUACCGCCAGAUUUUUGCCAGUAUGGACCAUGCUGGGAAAAGUGCAAGCCUUGGUGUUUAGAGAAUGCCCCUCACUACUAUCCCGAGUUGUCCGGCGUGUCGCUGGAGGAUGCCAAGAAGAGGGCAGAGGAACUCGGUGAAAAGUCCAAAGAAAAGUUGCUGCCGGGUGGCAAAGUGAAGCGAGCAAAAUCGCCACAUGUGACCAUCCGAAAACUGAACCGCGGUGGCCGGAAAUGCGUCACCAGCGUGGCUGGAUUAGACACCUUCAGCAUCAAGCUGGACGAUGUGGCGAAGCUCUUCAAGAAGAAGUUUGCCUGUGGUUGCGCUGUGGUGAAGGGAGAGAACACUCUCCCAGACACUGUGGACAUCCAAGGUGACUUUGAAGACGAAGUCAUCGAUAUCAUCACAGCUGAAUGGAAACAAGUGCCGCCAGAGAAGAUCAGCGUCCUGGAUGCUGGGAAUAAGAAGAAAGGCAAAGGAAAGUGAUGGAAAGAUGAAAAUAAGAGUGCCAGUGCCAGUGCGGCCGGCUUGUGAUGACGGCACGUGCAAACAUGACG